AUUCAGAUAAUUGUAACCUUCAGUUGACUAUAGUAUCUAGCUGGGGUACUUGACAAUUUAUUGGUAUAAAUUAUUAGACCUCAAACUUUCACUAGUUUAUAUCAGACUCAGUAGGAAAGCUAGAUUAAAACAUUGUUUGACCAUAACCCAAGACUCUGACGUAGCAGGUCUGAGUAGGGUGUAAUAACUCUGCAACUAGGGUACCCUAACUCUAAGACGAUCUUGAUGCUACUGAUGCCGCUCCCACAAUCACCCGGCUCCUUAACCACCGCGCAGGUGUGUGGUGUCAGGAAAACAGGGAACACUUGCAUCCCGUUACCCUGUUAACAUAUGUUAACUGUCUGUCAGAUUGCUUCAGCUCCUUUUCUCUCAUCCUUUUUUCUGAAAGAAAGAAAGUAUGAUGAAGUGGUUGAAUACGAGUCCUCACCGCUAAUUCUCCUCUUCCCUUCCACAGAAGAGAACUGCUCCAAAGCGUAAUCUUCCCUACCGGGUCUGGCUACAUGUGUUAGUCCUAAAAAGGAAAGGUUUUUUGUUUUGUGUUGUGUUUUGUUGGGUUUUAAAUCACCUGUAAACGACAUAGUAUAUAUCUUUCUGCUCCCAUCUGCUCAUGGUAAUCAUCUUCUCCAGUCCAUGAGUUGCUUUUUAAAUAAUAAUAGUUUUAUUAACUCUGAGAAUUUCAUACAAUGCAUUUUGAUCAUAUUCAUCCCCUUCCCAAGUUCCUCUCAGAUCCAUUCCUACCACCAUAUUUAUGACUUGCUUCUUUGUUUUUUUGUUUUUCUUUUUCUUUUUCAGAGAUACCUUUUGAACGGAAAUCCUUAAUUGUAAUUGAAGUAAAUGACACUGGUUUCCCUUUUUCAGUGUUUUCUGCCUCCUGUCUUGAAGUUCUUAGUUUCUCAAGUAACUUUUGGAGAUCUGCACUUUGUAGUUACAGUGGAGAAAUAGAAAUGAAGGUGCAUAUACACACGAAAUUCUGCCUCAUUUGUUUGCUGACAUUCAUUUUCCAUCACUGCAACCACUGCCAUGAAGACCAUGACCAUGGCCCUGAGGAGCUCCACAGACACCAUCGUGGGAUGACAGAGUCGGAGUCAAGCAAAUUUUCAGUGCAGGAUGCUGAAAAUGAAAAAAAGUACUAUAUUGAGAAACUUUUUGACCGUUACGGUGAAAAUGGAAGGUUAUCAUUUUUUGGUCUGGAGAAACUUUUAACAAACUUGGGCCUUGGAGAGAUCAAAGUCGUUGAGAUUAAUCAUGAGGACCUUGGCCAUGAUCAUGUUUCUCACUUAGACAUUCUGGCAGUUCAAGAGGGAAAGCAUUUUCAUUCACACAACCACCAGCAUUUCCACAAUCACUUAAAUCCAGAAAACCAUACCACUACCAGUAUAACAUCAAAAAGAAACCACAAAUGUGAUCCAGAAAAAGAGGCAGCUGAAGUACCCAUCAAAUCUGAUGAUAAACACCUGCAUGACCACAAUCAUCGUUUACAUCAUCGCCAUCGUCUACAUCAUCACCUAGAUCAUAACACGACUCGGCGUGUCCAUAAUGAUUCUAUCACUCACAGUGAGCAUGGGGAGCCUGGUCACGGGCCUUUGACAGAGACCAAUAAAACACAAGAACAAUCUGAAGUUAAGUCGUUGAAGGUCAGGAGGAAGGAAAAAGGGAAGAGAAAGAAAGAAAACUCUGAGGUUAACACACCAGGCUUCCUCCCCAACCAUGAUCACAGUGAACAAUAUGAGCAUAAUCGGGUUCACAAACUUGACCGUGUACAUAGCCCAGGUCAUCCCCAUGUACAUCUUCCAGAGCACGAUGGUCAUGAUCUUGGUCAUGGACACCAAGAUCUUGAUCCUAAUAAUGAAGGUGAACUUCGACACACUAGAAAGCGAGAGGCACCGCAUGUUAAAAAAAGUGCAAUUUAUUCCACUCCCAGCCACAAAGACCAUAAUGAAGACGACCGCCAACAUGAAUGUUUGAACGUCACUCAGUUGUUAAAACACUAUGGUCUUGGUGCCAACUCUCCCAUCUCACCUGAUCUGUUUACGUACCUUUGCCCUGCGUUGCUGUAUCAGAUCGACAGCAGACUUUGUAUUGAGCAUUUUGACAAACUUUUAGUUGAAGAUUUAAAUAAGGAUAAAACUCUGGUUCCUGAAGAUAAGGCAAAUAUAGGGGCAUCAGCGUGGAUCUGUGGCAUCAUCUCUAUUACUGUCAUUAGCCUGCUUUCCUUGCUGGGCGUGAUUUUGGUUCCCAUCAUCAACCAAGGAUGCUUCAAGUUCCUCCUCACCUUCCUUGUCGCACUGGCUGUGGGGACAAUGAGUGGGGAUGCCCUUCUUCAUCUGCUGCCCCAUUCUCAGGGUGGACAUGACCACAGUCAUCAGCAUACACAUGGACAUGGUCAUUCACACGGACAUGAAUCUAAGAAGUUUUUGGAAGAAUAUGAUGCUGUGUUGAAAGGACUUGUUGCACUAGGAGGCAUUUACUUACUGUUCAUUAUUGAACACUGCAUUCGAAUGUUUAAGCACUACAAGCAGCAAAGAGGCAAACAGAAAUGGUUUAUGAAGCAGAGCACAGAAGAAUCGGCUAUCGGAAGGAAGCUUUCAGAUCAUAAGAUAAACAGCACACCGGACGCUGACUGGCUCCAACUCAAGCCGCUUGCUGGAACUGAUGACUCGGUUGUUUCUGAAGAUCGACUGAAUGAGACUGAACUGACGGAUUUAGAAGGCCAACAAGAAUCCCCUCCUAAAAAUUUCCUGAGUGUGGAGGAGGAGAAAAUCAUGGACCAUUCUCACAGUGAUGGAUUACACACCAUUCACGAGCAUGAGAUCCAUGGAACUUCUCACAACCACCACGACGAGGCUAAGGCUGUGCUGAGGAAGCACAGCCACCAGCGGCACCACAAGCACUCCCAUCACUCCCACGGCCCCUGCCACUCCGGCUCAGAUCUGAAAGAAACAGGAAUUGCCAACAUUGCCUGGAUGGUGAUCAUGGGGGACGGCAUCCACAACUUCAGUGAUGGGCUGGCCAUUGGGGCAGCUUUUAGUGCUGGAUUGACGGGAGGAAUCAGUACUUCAAUAGCCGUCUUCUGUCAUGAGCUGCCACAUGAAUUAGGUGAUUUUGCAGUUCUUCUGAAAGCAGGCAUGACUGUAAAGCAAGCGAUUGUGUACAACCUGCUCUCAGCCAUGAUGGCUUACAUCGGGAUGCUCAUCGGCACGGCUGUGGGUCAGUAUGCCAACAACAUCACACUCUGGAUCUUCGCCAUCACAGCAGGCAUGUUCCUCUAUGUGGCCUUGGUGGACAUGCUCCCGGAAAUGCUUCACGGUGACGGCGACAACGAAGAGCAUGGCUUCUGUCCAGUGGGGCAGUUCGUUCUUCAGAAUUUAGGAUUGCUGUUUGGAUUUGCCAUCAUGCUGGUGAUCGCCCUUUAUGAAGACAAAAUUGUGUUUGACAUCCAGUUCUGACCAUUCCCAGGUUGAUUGCGAGAAUGUUCGUGCAGCUUGCCUCUGUUCCUUGUCCUGUAUGCACAUUGCUCAGGGAAUUCAGUGGCCUGCACUACUCACAGGUUCCGUAGAGUUGAGCCUAACCGUGAAAGACUGGUGCUCAGUGCUGUUUUCUCUGCAUGAAUGGAUCCUUUAAAAACAAAGUUUGUGAUAAAGACAGGAGAAAAUGGGACUCCAUGAACCAAUGUCGAUAGCAGUUUAAGACUUUACAAAAGAGAGAAUCAUAUAAAACACUAGUCUUUUUAUUAGUAGAAACUUCUGUGGCUAUGCAGAAAUAGAAAUUAAACCAAAAAAUCAUUUAAACUUUAAAAAUAUUUUAAAUGGACUCUGAGCAGACAUUUUUGUGUGUAUGCUAAGAAUGAAUUUUAGUGUCCUUUAAUUCAGCUACAUAUAUACAUAUGGGGUUAAUAGGGAUCAACUUGACCCAACUUUGAAACUGUAUAAAGUCGACUUUAGGAACUAGAGGGACACCCAGGCUGCGUUAGAGUAUGGAUUUAGCAUUGGGAAAAGCCCGUAUUCUUGAAUCUAGAGUUACUAUUUUUGUAUAUAUUUGCAUAGUGUUCAAACUUGCAGCCUAAACUACUGAAAUUUGUGAUUGUAUGUUUGUGUGAACUUCAGUUUAAUGAAAGAUUCUUAAUGGUUCUUUGCAUUACUAUACUUGGUGUUGGGGUUAUUUUCUUUUUUAACUUUGUUUUUAUUUUUGGGGGUGAGUCAGAGCAUGUAGUCAGAUACCUUUUUCUUAAAAUUACCAUUCUAGAAAAUAUCAAAGAUGUGGUGUUCCAUUUGCCUAGCACCAACUAGGUUGAUGGGAAAAUUUUAAGUUCUGAGUGUUCACGUUACUUUACUAGUUUGGCAUUGGCACUCAGAGCACAUGCCGUGGCAGGCAGUAAAAUCUCAGUUUGCCAUGCCUGUAGCCUGUAUAUAAAACGUCAGCUAAACAGUCACUGCGCUGGUACCAUGGCUGCCGUGGUCCCAUGUCCAUGACUAAGCCAAAAUCACUUUAUCAUUUUGUGCCAAGAUACACUGCUGGUGCCUGAUAGGGAUAGUCUGUGUGGGGGUGCCUGCUCUCACGCCGUGGUGAAGGGAUGUGUGAGGAGUGUAAGUCGUGUUCAGCCUGAGCUACUGGGACUCGGGAACUUGUAGACUAGUCAUGUGCAUCUUUCUGUUUAGACCUCCUGCUGCUCACUCUUCACUUUCGGAAGUGAACUGUGUCUCAACCGUGCGCAGCCAGCUUUAACGCUUGGCAGCCAGGAUUGCCCUGGAAAAAAACAAACUGUAAGAGCCAAACCCUGUCCGUUCCAUUUUAAAUGAUUUCAUUCAGUCCUUUUCCCAGUUCUUUUAGUCUGUGAAUUUUUUAAGACAAAAACAAAAAUUUGAGAGCAGCACAUGCAUCAAGGUGUUAGAUAAUCACCAGUAUUCCUUAGUUGUGUUCUAAGCGAGGGUUCCCUAGGUGUUAUUACUUCUGUAAUCUAGGCUUGAAUUAGAGCAGUUGUCUU